GCGAUCCUGCUCGUCAGUAUCAUAUCAAACUUGACCGACAACACACGAUACUGUGUUCAAAACCAGUCAUCAUCAUCAACAUCAUCGGCCUAUAGCAGUCCACUGCUGGACGUAGGCCUCUUCCUAAGCGAUCUUUAGAUUUAAACAUAGUGAAUAAGAACAGAGAUACAUUGAGACGCAAGUGAUGGGGACUCAAACACUGUUGUGCCUGUGCAUGUUGUCGUGUGUCCUAGUGUACAGUGAUUCGGCUACUCAGUUCAAAGCAUGGUACAGGAUGUUCACAUACUCCUAUGAGAGCGCAGUCUCCAUAGAGAAACAUUGUGCCGAGGCCUGGGCCUACCUCCAAAGCCACAAUUUAAGGAUCGAAGUUUAUGAAAACGCAAAGCCGGUAGGAGCAAGUUUCCGCUGCGACUACCAGUACCACCCCGCCGUGGAGGGCUGGCUGAAGUACCACCGCGUGCCCGCCGCCUGGCCCGAGGCCCGGCUGCGCUGCCAUCUUGAAGGUGGCACUUUAGCGUCUCCAAUCAACAAAGAUUUCACAUCAACUCUGAGCUCGUUCGGCGGCCGGCCCGUAUUCACCGGCAUCCAUGCCACCUUCUCCAAGGGAGACUUCUACACUAUCGAGGGCGUGCCUCUCUGGAAGCUGCAACACGAGUGGGCAUGCAACGAGCCGGACAACGCGGGGGGCAGCGAGCAGUGCACCGUCCUCUACGCCGACGGACGGCUGGCCGACGUGCCCUGCUGGGACCACUUCCCCUACGUCUGCUACAAGCAGUACGACCAGCGCAUGCUGCUCAAUGAGUGCGGGACUGUCGAUCAUGAAUACAAGCUGAACCGUCGCACCGGCAGCUGCUACAAGUUCCACCAGGUGCGGCGCAACUGGACACGUGCCUUCAUGACCUGCGCCGCGGAGGGGGCGCACCUGGCCAUCAUCAACAGCGACGCCGAGGCGAAGUACUUGACCACCCUGUUCCCCCCUGAAGGAGGUACCUUGGAGCUGGACCUGGCUCACUUGGGGUUCCAGGAUUACGGCGAGCGCGGCGUCUGGAGAACUAUUCAUGGAGAGACGAUACAGAACACAACGUACGAAGUGUGGGCCGGCCCGGACAACGCGCCGCCCGGGGAGUAUUGUGGAUCCAUGUUCAGAAAUGGAAAGCUCAACGACGUCUGGUGCGACCGCAGGUUCUAUUUCAUCUGCGAGAAAGACCCCAAGAGUCUGCUGUGUGACGACGAUCUGUACCAAAUACACGCGUUACAAAAUUAAGCCGUAGCCUGCUAGAAGAUUGUAAAAAUAAGAAUAGUCAAGUUCUCUUUUUGUAUUGUGUGUUUUCGAUCCAAGUGAAGGUAGUGUCGUGGACCGUGGUGUAGAUUUGUAUUCUACUUACAUUUACUAACAUUCUGCAUAUUGGAGGCGACAUCUGUGAACAAAGAAAAUGAAUUGAAUUAAAGGGAACAGUUAGAACGUUCCCGAAAAUAUACGAGUAUAUUUACAUAUUGACUGAUAUAAAAGUAAAAAAAUAAAUUAGAUGCGAUUAACCCUAA